CAUAAUGAAUCACAGUAGCUCUGAGGCGCGAGAAGCAGGAGCCGCGAGACUGAAUUGGAUAGUUUCGGAAAGGCGCUUUAUCUGUCAUUAUUGAGCUUUUUCCCGCGCCAGGAAUAAAAGUGAGCAGUCAUUAGGCUAACAGUACUUUAUCUCCAGGAUCCUUUUUAAGGAGCCAUGGAUUAUCUUACUCGACAAACUUUCUUAAAACUAGCUUUUUUCAUCUUUACAGUUGUCAGGAGCAGUUGUGCUCUGUUGGAAAGAGCAGUAGAAGAUCCGGUGCAUCCAAAUCCUCUCGACUCCAGACCAGUGGAAGACAGUGAACUUUCCUUUUGUGAUUUUGAAUCUCCAUGUUCUUGGACGUUAUCCAAUCACAGCACUGGAGGGGAUUGGUAUGUUACAUCACCACAACAACACAGAUCCAACAAAUGGGGCGUCCAACCAAUCAAAGAUUAUUCCACUGGAAAAUCUGAAGGUCAUUUUCUGUUACUAAAGCCCACCUCAACUCAUUUUGCUGCUGGCAGAUGUAGUUUCCACAUGACCAGUCCUGUAGUCCUCAGUAGUGGGCCACUAUGUCAUCUUCGUCUCGCUCGUUUCCAACCGGAACCUCUCACAGGAAACGUAUCCGCCUUUGUGAAACACACUGACAACUCUGUCAUCAAACCAAUAGCCCUUACAAUCAAAGAACAAAGAACUGGCAGGCCGCAGUGGGAGGUGCUGGAGGCUGUGAUUGGUCAGUUAGAUGAGCCCUUCCAGGUGACAGUGCAGUACUCUUCCUGUAGCAGCCAUGAAGUUGGAUUUCUGGCAUUUGAUUCACUGGAGCUGAAGGACUGUGACAUGAUGGGAGAUGAUUAUUUGAAUUUGGGGUCAGACUGUGAGAAAUACUCAUCGCUUCACUGUCAUUCUGGAGGCUGCAUUGAGAAACCAAGAGUGUGUGAUUUUCAUACUGACUGUCCACAAGGAGAAGAUGAGGGCUUCAUAUGCAACUCUUUACCUUUGGGUUCAUACUGUUCAUUUGAGUUGGGCUCCUGCGGAUGGUUAGUGGCUUAUACACAGUCCUCCUGGAGACUAGUUAGUGGACAACAGCUGACUGCAGACACAGAUCUUCUGGGCAUAACUCUGCAAAACACUCAAGGGCACUUUCUUUUCUUAAAGGUCAGAGGUGAUGGUGAUGAAAGUGAGGCGUUGGUUCAAAGCCCAGCUCUCCCUUCAACUAUAUCCAAUCAGGACUGUCAGUUGCAGUUCUCUCUGUACCUGUUUGGGGAAUUCAAUGGAACAGUGCUCCUGACAGUGGUGGAAAAUGGAAUCUCAGCACCUCCGCUGAUGUGGGAGAGAUCCGGACACUGGAAGGAUGCUUGGCAAGAGAUCACUCUGCCAAUAACAAAGAUCUUAAAUAGCUUCCAUCUUAAAGUGCAGGCUUUCUGGACUUCUGGCUCUAAGGCUGACAUUGCACUCGAUGACAUUUCUUUAAGUGCAGCAUGUUUUGACACAGAACUAAAUGAGCUGCUACUUGGACAGGGACUACAUAAUUUAGACUCCUUCAGCCCUCUCCCAGAACCCUCAGCAUCAGAAUCAUCCCUUAUAACAUGGUGGUUUACUUCCUGUGGAGCAAGCGGACCUCUAGGUCCAACUCAAGCACAAUGUGACAGUGCCUACCGCAACACCAAUGUCAGCGUGGUGGUGGGGAAGGAGGGCCUUCUCAGAGGGGUUCAGAUGUGGAGAGUCCCAGCUACCAACAUGUACAAGAUUUCAGCCUAUGGAGCCGCAGGAGGCAAAGGAGCAAAGAACCAUAACAAGCGCUCACAUGGUGUCAUCAUCUCAGCUAUCUUCCCACUGGAAAAAGGGGACAUCCUCUACAUCCUAAUUGGUCACCAAGGAGAAGAUGCCUGUCCAGGAAGGAACGACGAGACCCGUAAAAUCUGUCUGGGCGAGUCUUCUGGGAUUGAAGAUGGUUUUGACAGUGAUGGUUCGGCCUUGAAGUGGGCAGGGGGCGGAGGUGGUGGUGGGGGAGCGACAUACAUAUAUCGGAUGGAGAACGGGGAACCAGUGCCUUUGCUGAUUGCAGCAGGAGGAGGAGGAAAGGCAUACCUGGAGGACCCUGAAAGCAGCCUGGACCAGAUUUUCCUGGAACAAUAUGAGAAUGACACCUCCGCCUCUGGUGUCAAUGGCAAAUCUGGAGCAGCAGGUGGAGGAGGUGGAUGGAGCGACUCGUCCUCACUCCCCUGGGCAGGGAAAUCUCUUGUUGAAGGAGGUCAAGGAGGCUCAUCCUGUCCUGAGGCUCUGUCAGCGCUGGGAUGGGCUACUUUUGGGGGAUUUGGGGGAGGAGGGGGCGCUUGCACCGCUGGAGGGGGUGGUGGAGGAUACAGAGGUGGUGAUGCGCCCCUUCUUGAUGGAAUCACAGCAGAUGGGCAAGAUGGUGUCUCUUUUAUUCACCCCAUGGGAAAGAUAUUUCUACAACCGCUUGCAGCCAUGGAGAGUCAUGGGGAAGCUGAGAUUGAGGUGUAUCUGAAUUGUAGCCACUGUCAGACCCAGAGCUGUAAGCGAGAUGAAGACACCAGACUCAUCUUCUGCCUGUGUGACAGCGACGAGGUUCUCGCACCAGACAACGUCACCUGCAUAGUUGUUCCAUUGGGCUCUCUGGCAGAGGGACCCCCAUCCCUGAUAUUUAUCCUGGCGGUGAUCGCGUCCACAGUAGUAACGGGUGUCGUUCUGACCUGUGCCAGCCUCACGCUCAUCUAUUAUCGUAAGAAGAACCACCUGCAUGCGGUCAGAAUUCGUCUGCAGAGCCCAGAGUAUAAGCUUAGCAAAAUUCGCUCGUCCACCAUAAUGACCGACUACAACCCCAACUACUGCUUUGCUGGCAAGGCGGCCUCACUGAGUGAGCUUAAGGAGGUGCCGCGUAAGAACAUCACCCUCCUCAGGGCGUUGGGACACGGUGCCUUUGGGGAAGUGUAUGAAGGACAGGUUUUGGGUAUGAAUGGAGAAAACACAGCCAUGCAGGUUGCUAUAAAGACUCUUCCAGAAAUCUGUUCUGAGCAGGAUGAGAUGGAUUUCCUAAUGGAAGCUUUGAUUAUGAGUAAGUUCAGCCAUCAGAACAUUGUGCGCUGUAUCGGAGUCAGUCUGCAAAUCCUGCCUCGCUUCAUAUUACUGGAGCUCAUGACAGGAGGAGACAUGAAGAGCUUCUUGAGACUAAACCGACCCAGAACUAACCAGCUGUCUUCUCUAAGUAUGCUGGAGCUUCUGCAUAUGGCCAGAGACAUUGCACUUGGCUGUCGCUACCUAGAAGAGAACCACUUCAUUCACAGGGACAUUGCAGCACGAAACUGCCUUUUGACCUGUCCUGGUCCAGAGAGAGUAGCUAAAAUUGGAGAUUUUGGGAUGGCUCGAGAUAUUUAUAGGGCGAGUUACUAUAGAAAGGGUGGCCGUGCCAUGUUGCCAGUGAAGUGGAUGCCACCUGAAGCCUUCCUAGAGGGUAUUUUUACAUGCAAGACUGACACCUGGUCUUUCGGGGUACUGCUGUGGGAGAUAUUCUCUCUUGGAUACAUGCCUUAUCCCUGCAAGACCAAUCAGGAAGUACUGGAGUUUGUAACAGGUGGAGGUCGUAUGGAUCCUCCUAAGAGCUGCCCAGGACCUGUUUAUCGGAUCAUGACACAGUGUUGGCAACACUGCCCAGAACACCGACCAAACUUCACUACUAUUUUAGAGAGGAUCAACUACUGUACACAGGACCCUGAUGUCAUUAACACCCCUCUUCCAGUGGAGUACGGUCCUGCUGUCGAAGAAGAAGGCGGCACUGUGAUCCGCCCUGAAGGAUCAGGCAGUAUGACCCCUCUUUUAGUGGCUCACUCUAUGUCCCAGGAUGCUUCCCCUCGACCGGGCAUCACUGGUGCAGCCCCACAGGCCCUCAAACCCUGUUUGCAGCUACAAAGACCGGUCCAUAUUGCACAGGAGGUGGGCACGUACCGAGAAACAUUGGAGCCAUGUUGGGCUGAGCCAGUUCCUGCUUCUGGAGUCUGUCCAGGACAAUGGCUUCAAGUCCCAGAACACCAGCCAUGCUCCAGGAGCAGUUCGUCAUCAGGCAGCCAGAAACUAAAGAACAAGACUAAAAACCUCUGGAACCCUACCUACGGUUCUUGGGUCCUGGAGAGCUUUGGACGAGGGAAGAAGGCCCUGUGCCACACCCAGUCCAUGCCUCUGUCUUGCAACCCCACGUCCACACCUGCCCCGUCCUCUACCUCAGAGCACAUGGACCCUGGAGUAGUAGUUAACGCAAAUGUCUCGACGUCCCCACCUCCGUCUGCCGCAUCCUCCCAGACCACGUUCAGUCCUACAGGGCCUCCCUCUCAGAAGGGUCCGACAGGGGCUACGGGCGGCUCGCUCACUGCUGUUAUGGACUUGGCGAAACUCCAGAGCUUCCCGUGUGGCAACGUAAACUAUGCGUAUGAUGAGCAGAGCUAUGAGACUGAGAGUUUGCCUGUAGUUGUGUCCAAAUCUGUGGAGCCCAGCACCAGCUCUGGAGCAACGUCUUCACUGGCUGCCCUUGGCCUGGCCACGACCCUUAUCCACAAACCUCUGGUGAAACGGCAUGCUAGCUACGGACAUGAGGAUGUAAGGAGGUACACCCAGUCUGAGAAGCCAACGAGGGACAGGGAUUCUGGCUUUUCCUUGUCUGAAGACCUCAGUGUCACCCCGGUGUAGCAUUGAAGAACAAUUCAACUGAGGAAACACCUCAGUUGUUGGUGUUUUGUUUUGUUUUUUUGGUAUCUUAAUGCGAUAACUGCAGUGGAUUAGCUAGAGGCAGAAUAGCAGGUUAAGGCUGGAAUACACUACACUGGUAUGCAUGUAGUCACUUUCUCACACAGAAGUCACUAUCAAACCAAGUAGUUUUCUGUUGAUCAAUGCGGCAAAUCUUUGAGAUCAACAUGAAUAUGUUGUGAAAUCUGCGUGGGGAAAUCUUUCAGCCUCGAGCGAAAUUCCGUCACGUGGAUUCCUUUUGAAAUGACUGGAUUUUGCCCAAGAAAAUUUGCAUAACGGUGCAGAACAAUGUGACCGCUCCUUAAAAAUCACACACUACUAGACUUUCAAGUCGUUCUGAACACAGCAAACUCUCACAGAAACAUGCUCCUAGUUGCUAGGAGACACAUGGCAAAUCAAAACAAUGAGUUCUAAAACCGGCUCAAAAUAUUGAAAGUAAUAGAUAUCCUCCAACUGGAUGGAAUCAUAUGCUGCUUUCCAAUUCACCUACUUAAAAAAAGUAUGUAUUAUUUUUGUGAAGAAAAAGUACAUACGUUUGAGUAUGUAGCAGAAUAGAAGGCUAGCCUUGGGACAUAAGGUGCAUUCACAGCAUGUUGUAAUUACAAGAUUUCAAAUUGUAAAGAACAUUCACAGUGUUAAAAAACUACAAACAUGGCGGAUGUGUGAGAUCGACGUAUGGAAUGCUGUGGUAAAGCCAUGUUAUAAUUACCAUAAAUAAGCUCUGUUAGCUUUCGAAUCGCUCUUUGAUGUCAUACACCGAUCGUUCUGCUUCAAGUCGAGCACGCCUUAAAUCUGCUGUGGUCAGGUGGUACAGUGGCCAGAAAAGAGUUUACACUUUGUAAUUACAAGUUCUACAAGCAUUUGAAGGCUUUUUACAGUUCAGAAUCGUUACGGUAAUUACGACAUGGCGUGAACGCACCUAUAGUAGACCAUCCGGUUAUCUUUGGAAUACUCAUUUCAACAUACUACAAUUUGGGACACAGUAAUUCUAAUUUCAAAUGCUACUUAGGAUGGAUAGUAUGCGAAUUGGGAUGCAGCAAUAGUCUGAAGCUAAAUGUAGUCUGUCUAUUAUACGCUGCACAGUUUUUUUGUGAAAUAUGUCAGCUCAAAUCUGGCUCUAACUUUCGGCUACUGUCGUAGACUCGUCCAGGCAGUAAACCGAGGCAGUAAAAUUUGUGUAGUGCAUUCCAGCCUUUAGUUACUGCCAGUCGAUAACUAUUUGUACGAGAGACUACAUUAGUGUAGCGUGGUGCCAAAAACACUAAAGACAUGAGGAGUCGUAACUCAUUUGUCAUUAAGAGGCGGCUCUCCUACAAAUGGCUGAUGGUUUCUAUGGAAACUUCCACUUGGCUAAUAGCAGCCCUUUUACACUGGAUACUCAUCUACUGUCAACACUGUGAAAACACAUGAUGUUCACAUGAAAUUAACUGAUUAUUCAUCAUUAGCAAUGCAUAUAUAUAUAUAUAUAUAUAUAUAUAUAUAGGUUUAGAUGUCCUUGAUGAAUUCACAUUUUUAGCUGGUUUUAGGAGUAUAAUAUAAGAAGAACCAAAGCAUGUUCAGACCUCACACAAACAGAAAAUUGAAUGGAUUUGUUAAAAGUAAUUGUUUGCAUUAAAGGGAUAGUUCACCCAAAAAUGAAAAUUUUCCCAUGAUUUACUCACCCUCAAGCCAUCCUAGGUGUAUAUGACUAUCU